AUUAAAGGUCAUAUGCUUUUCCAGCAUUUGGUGGUGGAGGGAGACUACAGGUGCCGAUUCGUGCAUUAUUUCAGGUAUGGACAGGUACCUGGGUAGAUCGAUCGACCAUUCAUUUGCAAGCUGUAUGACUUAAUCCAACACCCGAAGCGAAGUCACGCAGAACCGUACCUUUUUGUCGAUAAAUCUCAUUAUUAAUGAGAGGAAACGGUGUUACGGUAUGGAAAAUAUUAGACUUGCAAACGGAUUGUGAUUUUAAAAGGGAUACAGUGACAAAAUAACCUUGAAGAUGUUUCUUUCUAUUUUCCUUUUUCAUAUUUAAAACAUGCAUAAAGGUGUAUAACGGUAAUUAAUACUGUGUAAACAAACGUUAUUAAUAGAAGACAUACAGGGUACAGUCACGAAGACACUCUAACAACGCGCAAUCGAUCAACUAUUAUAUCUUGUCUGUUAAGACUUUAAUUUCGGAGUUAAGAAUAGCAAGCCAUUGCUAUUUACAUUGCAGUAAAAUACUGUCCACCCGGUUGUGAUCUGUGCUUUAUUUCAAAAUCGGGAAGAGCUUUAUCUGUAUUCUAUUUUAAUAACAGAAACUGAGUUUGGUCAUACUACACCAAUAUGUCAAUAUAAUUGCAUAAACAAAGUCGGAAAUGUUAUAUUGGAUAUGUCAAAUCAACAUAACUUAAACGCGUUUCGCAUGCUGCAUUUGCAUCCUGUUACUUUAUGUGCUACGAAGAAUAUAUUUUAGCACUUGCUCCGGAUAUUUGUUGUUUAACAGAUAAACAAGAAAAAUAAAGCCGAGUAUAAAAUAUCGGAGAAAAGACACAGCAUCGUAAGCGCAAGAGCCGCUGCAAGCACUAGUUAAAUGUAAUUAACUAGUUACAACAGCGGUAUGAUGUUUCAGAAGUACAAAGCUGUGAUUUUGGUUUGAACAUAAAUAGAUAUUUCUGUCAUAUUGCGGAUAUUUUCUAACAUCGUCGUAUUCAAAACAUGCGAAAGAGGAGAACAUUCCAGUCAUUAAAGUUUCUAAUUUAUCUACUUGGUUUAAUGUUAUUGUUUUGUGUGUUGAUAGGUGUAAAUAUGCUUCGUCCAGAGUGCUUACCUUAUGACUCACAUGUAAGGUGUAAAAUGGUUCAUUCAGAUUAUACUUUUCUCGCAACUAGACGUCCAUUGGAAGCUUCUCCUCUAUUAAAUAUAACAAGACAUAAUGAGAGAAAAGAAACUGUUAAUGAAACGAAGGUUGACACAAAAUCAUCAAAGGACAUUGCAAGACUGUCAAAUAAUGUUCCUAAACCAGUGCCUAGGACAAGAACGUUUACUAUUGCCGAAUUAAUGAAAAGAGCUAAAGAAGAUCAGCAUUUUUUGACAAAAAUUCUAAGCCAGUAUUAUUGGCAUCCAAAAACAAAAGACGUUCUUCAACGCUAUUUUACAGGAAUGGGCUACUCCUUUGAACCAGAAUUCAAGACUGACCGGAAUGAAAAUCUGAUUAACGAUUAUGACAUUUAUAAUGAUGUCAUGGUGUUUUUACAUAUUCAGAAGACUGGCGGAACUCAUUUAAAUGAAAGAUUAGCAAGUCGAUUACAAAUUCCAUUUAAAUGUAAUUGCCCGAAAAAACAGAAUGUGUGUCCGUGUUUAAAUCCAAAGGGUAAUGUGUGGAUAUACAGUUCCAGAUUUUCUGGUUGGCCUUGUGGAUUACAUGCAGACCGGACACAGCUUCACAGAUGUUUACCUGGGCAGCUUGAUCUGACUGAAAGGGGAACAAGGAACAGAAGAUAUUUUUACUUCACACAACUUCGAGAUCCUAUUGCCCGAUACAUGAGCGAAUUUUAUCACCAGAGUGUUGUCGGCGGGCACUGGCAGGACGCGCUGUUAGGGUGUGGUCCAGGUUUUUCUGACUGGACGGAUAUAAGACCCUGCUUUGUGACAGAAACAUGGAGAGGUGUGACAUUAGACAAUUUUAUGGCAUGUCAGCAUAAUUUAGCAACUAACAGAAUGACACGAAUGCUAGCUGAUUUAAAUAGAUCAGAUUGUUACAGAAAUUAUUUGGAUAGAAAGGCAAUCUAUAAAAGGGCUAUAAUGUGGACAGAAUCAGCUAAGGAAAAUUUACAGCAAAUGCCUUACUUUGGCUUUAUGGAAGAUACGGAGGCGUCCGAUAAGUUGUUUUCUCAUACAUUCAAGAUGAGGUUUAAGGUUAGAAGUUCGAAUUUACGAGGUCGUAGCUCUCAGAUCAGAAUUACAGAGGAGCAGUUUAUGAAAUUAGUCAAAUUGGUCGAGCUAGACAUUCAUACAUAUCUGUUUGCGAAAGAUUUAUUUCAAAGCCGACUACGUAACUUGUAACGAGAAUUAUUACAUACUCGUUUCUAUUCCACGUUAAGUUACACUGGUACCGAAAAGGACACUAUUUUUCCAUAUACUGACGCCUGAUUUUCAUAGCGGGUGCGUGACGUAAAUCAGUGUGUGCUGUUGCACUAUUGUUUCUAUUUAGUUCAGUAUUGUCAGUCCUAUUUUUACGUGUAGAUGAGUAUGUAAUAAAAAGGUUAUUAUCUUUGCA